AUGAGUUUAAUAUUUAAAAAGGGAGGAGGAUGGGUGGAAAGGGAUGAAGGUGUUGGGACUGGAUUUUGGCAAAUUCCAGAGGGAGAAAGGAGCUGGGGCUUAAAAUUUGUUUCUAGGAAAAUGGAGCUCAUCCUGAGCCCCAGCUCUAUUUCAGAGAAUGGAAUUCCUUCCUUAUCCUGGACCUUAGUCUUGAUGUUAUCAAUUGUAUCGUUUUGCUUGGUAUCGAGGGUUAUUGUCUGAUCAUCACUGGGUAACUCAUCUGUAGGAGAUGAUCUAGAGAAUUCAGGAUUGUAAACAGCAUUAGCAGUAUCUAAAAAUCAGGAAUUUUUUAGCAUUUGAACCUCAUGGUGCAGGGAGGGUGAUCAAUCCAAAGAACUUUGCUCUAUUCAGGACAUAUAAUAUCUUAACCCUUUUCUUCAGAUGUCUUGUUACCAAUAGCUAAUAUAAACAUCUGAAUUUCGAAGUUGGGGUGUGAACUCAAAUACGAGAGUGCAAAAUCAAAUCCUGAGCAGAGUGGAGCGAAAUGGAUCGCUCUCCCUGACUGUAUCAUGAGCUCCAUAUGCCACAAACCUUCCUGGUUUGUUUAUAUCAGAAUUUUGAGAUAAGGUAUUUAGCAUAUUAAUUAUAAAAGCUUCUAUAA